UGGUCGCCGAGGCAGGGGAGCGAGGCUCUCAGUAGUAGUGAUUGUCGCGAGCUGGGAAGUGGCUGUGGCCCGCGAGUAAGAGGGAGCCAUGAAGCACUAUGAGGUGGAGAUUCUGGAUGCCAAGACACGGGAGAAGCUGUGUUUCCUGGAUAAGGUGGAACCCAAUGCCACCAUUGCUGAGAUCAAGAACCUCUUCACAAAAUCACAUCCCCAGUGGUAUGCUGCCCGGCAGUCCCUGAGGCUGGAUCCUAAGGGCAAGUCCUUGAAGGAUGAGGACAUUCUGCAAAACCUGCCUGUGGGGACCACAGCCACACUUUACUUCCGGGAUCUGGGAGCCCAAAUCAGCUGGGUUACGGUAUUCCUGACAGAGUAUGCUGGCCCUCUCCUCAUUUAUCUACUCUUCUACUUCCGGGUACCCUUCAUCUAUGGUCACAAAUAUGACUUCACAUCUAGCCGGCACACUGUGGUUCAUCUUGCCUGUAUUUGUCACUCAUUCCACUACAUCAAGCGCUUACUGGAGACACUGUUUGUUCAUCGUUUCUCUCAUGGAACAAUGCCCCUGCGCAACAUCUUUAAGAACUGUACCUACUACUGGGGCUUUGCUGCCUGGAUGGCCUAUUAUAUCAACCACCCUCUCUACACUCCCCCAACAUAUGGUGGUCAGCAGGUGAAACUAGCACUUGGCAUUUUUGUGCUCUGCCAGCUUGGUAACUUCUCCAUUCACAUCGCUCUGAGGAAUCUGCGCCCAGCAGGUUCCAAGACCCGGAAGAUACCUUAUCCAACCAAGAACCCCUUUACGUGGCUUUUCCUGCUGGUGUCAUGUCCCAAUUACACAUAUGAGGUGGGGUCCUGGAUUGGGUUUGCCAUCAUGACCCAGUGCCUCCCAGUGGCUCUCUUCUCCCUCGUGGGCUUCAUCCAAAUGACCAUCUGGGCCAAAGGGAAGCAUCGAAGCUACCUGAAAGAGUUCCGCGAUUAUCCCCCACUCCGCUCUCCCAUCAUCCCCUUCCUUCUCUAACCCACCUCCCUGGAGUGACCUCUUCCCUUUGUGAUUAUUGGGCAGCUUCUUGGCCCCUGCUUCUGUGCCCAGGGUGAGAGAGGGGCCCAGGACUCCCACCCUCUCUUCCUAACCCCUCCCCUGACCCUGGGAGCCAGUUUAGCUGUUGCCUGGGCAGAGGGCUUGGUCCUCCCCGCUUUUCCUGACUCGAACAUAACAUGGGCUCUGCAGGAGGGAUAAUGUUCUUAGAGGGUCUUGUUUUCUGGCUACAGGAAUAAAACACAUUCUAAUUCCA